AUGUUUAGUUUGAUAAAGUUAUCAUAUUUCGCAUGCAAUGAUGAAGAGAAAGAAUGGUACAACACUGUACCAAAUUGUAUACAGAAAGUCGAUUUGCAUCUCUGUUGUGAAUUUCUAUUGAGUACACCCACAGAGAGAAAAAAAAUAAAUACACCAGAUUUUACAGUUUGUGGUAGUGCUGCAGAACAGGGACACUUAGAUUGUUUAAUGUAUGCCCACAACUUAGGAUUGGAAUGGGGCGCUCACACGUGCAUGUUUGCAGCACAAAAUGGUCAUCUUAACACAUUAAAAUAUGCUCACGAACAGGGUUGUCCGUGGGACGAGUUCACAUGCAGAUUUGCUGCUGCCCGUGGACAUGUUAACACACUUAAGUAUGCGCAUGAACAUGGAUGUCCUUGGGACAAGGGAGUUUGUGAUAUGGCAUCUGAAUAUGGUCAUCUUAACACAUUAAAAUAUGCUCAUGAACAGGGUUGCCCAUGGGAUGAGUUCACAUGCAAAAUAGCUGCUGCACGUGGAGAUAUUGACAUACUUAAGUAUGCUCAUGAAAAUGGAUGUCCUUGGAGCAUCCGUACUUGUGAAGCGGCAUCUGAAUGUGGAAAAGUUGAAACUUUAAAAUAUGCCCAUGAACAAGGUUGCCCUUGGAAUGAAAACACUUGCAAAUUUGCUGCUGCAAGUGGACAUGUUAAUACACUUAAGUAUCUCCAUGAAAAUGGAUGCCCAUGGGACAGAGGUACUUGUGAAGUGGCUGCUAGGUCUGGGAAUAUUAACACACUGCGGUAUGCUCAUGAGAAUGGAUGUGAAUGGACUACACAUACAGUGGAAAUGGCUUUAAAAUCUGGGAAUCUUGAGAUUUUAAAGUAUGUAUUUGAAAAUGGUUGCCCUAGGAAUUUAAGUUCAUUAUCACUGCAGUACUUAUGUGUUAGAAAACCUGCAAUAUUUAGAUAUGUUAUGGAGAAUCUUAAUAUGUAA